AUAUAGCCGGUUUUUCAUUCGUCUUGCAACCCUGACUGCCAAACUGCGAAAAUUUCGGGAAACAUUUUCAGACUCGAAGAAAAUUUGUGUUGAAAACUAGAGAAAUCUAUAAUAGUUCGGGGCAUUUUUCAAUCGGCGCAGCUAGGGUAAACUCAGGCUAAGCAGCAGAUACCUGAGAUCCCAAACGCAAUGGACUUUCGUCAAAUGAGUAGAGACGCUUACGGAGUCGGCCAGCGGCGUGGAAUGGGAACUUCCUCUGGCGGUGGCGGCUUGGGCCUUCAGUCUAGUUCGUUUGGAAGUUCUUCUGGAUUCGGUAAUUAUGGAGGAGGCGGCGGUGGUGGAUACGGAAACAACCGUAACCAGAGUCCGGACGGCGGAAACUUCAACCGCGGCGGCUUUAAUAACCAAGGCAGUGGCAACAACCGCGAUUUUAAUGGGCCUGGGCCUGCCUCCAACAACAAUUGGCGCUCUUUUGAUGACCGCGGUGGUUUUAAUUCGAAUAACCAACGCUUCGAGAACUCGAACAAUGCCGAUAUGCGCCGCGGAGACUUCGAGGACAACUACCGUCCGCAGGGACGACCAAUGGACCAGGACCAGCCGCAACGCAACUCCGGUAAUUUUAAUCAGGAUAAUUUUAAUCGCGGCAACCAGCAGUCGCAGUCAAGAUUUUUUGAUGAUGAGUUCAGGAAUCGGGGUUCUUUUGGACAAAACGAUGGUCCCUCCUUUGGAGGAGGCAAUUCUCGUUCCUUUGGCGGAAACGGUAAUUUAAACGACAAUCUGCGCGAGCAGUCAUCGCCCAACUACGGGGCUCAGCGUCCUGGUUUUAAUGACAAUUUUGGACGCAACGAAGGUGGCGGUAAUUUCGCCCAGAACUUUGGGUCCUCUCGAUCCAACAUGCAGGACGACAAUCGCGAUUUUGACAACUUUAACAACCGUGGAUCGGGGGGAUUCAAUAAUAACUCUGGGGUAUCUGGAGGCUACAACAACUCUGGAGGAUCUGGAGGCUUCAAUAAUUCAAGUGGUUCCGGAGGCUUCAAUAAUUCUGGAGCAUCAGGAGGUUACAACAAUUCUGGAGGAUCGGGAGGAGGUUACAACAAUGCUGGAAGGUCUGGAGGUUACAACAAUUCCGGAGGACCAGGAGGCUUCAACAACUCAGCCGGCUUUAACAACACAGGAGGAUCAGGCUUUAGCAACAACAUUAGCCGCAGCUUCCAGGAAGCCAACUCUCGCAACUGGAACAACUCACAGUCCAGCUCAUUCCAGAGUUCCGGGUAUCAAUCCGGCAGCGGAGGUGGUGGAGGUGGCGCUCUCUCUGGAUGGGAAGCCAGCCAGCGUGCUUUUAACUCGAAGCGCAACCAGCUUCAAAAGGUUAACCUUAACAACGGAGGAGCUGUUCGCAAGCCAGUACAACAGCCAGUUGCGAAGGUCGUGCAGAAUAUUCGUAACAAUCCGAAGACUGCAGCCGUAGUCCGCAACAGCAUUUCCAACAAUGGAAACAAACCAUUGGCGAAGCCUGUGGGCGUUCAGAACAAGGCUCCGAUCGGGCCACCAAACAAGUUGAAGCCGACCAAGGCGGUUCCCAAUGCCAGCAGCGCCAGUACCGUAGCAAAGAAAAUACCCGUUUCUGGACAGCAAACUGGAAAACCCGGACCCGCAGGAAAAGUUGAAAAUAGCGCUUCUAAGACCGGACCAGUCGCAGGUAGAGCUGGAAACGUUGCUAGAACUGGAAACGCUGGAAAGAGUGGACCUCAGGUCGUUAGAGGUAGCCAAGGACCGGCAAGGACUGCAGCUGCAGCUCAAGGUGCAAAAUCUGGCCAGAUUUCGAAAAAUAUUCCAUAUACUAAUAUUCUAGAUCCGGAAAUCGGACAAAAGCGCGUAGCUCCACCACCACCACAGUCAAACGAGCCUGUAUCUAAGGCCGAGAAGAAGUGGCGUCGUGUGGCCCGUAAGCGCGGCUUCCUCAUGGGCGGCUUUAAGAUUGCCUAUCUGAACGAUCAGCCGAGGAAGAUACCCCAGCCGGAGGCCGACUCAUACGCAGUGGCCUUCUUUGAGCAGCAAUUCAAUUACAGUACAAACCAGGACGCCGAUGACGAGGACUAUUCGUCGGCUGCCGUUGUGCUGAACGAGGAUUCGGAUGAUGAAGGCGCGGACGAUGGAAAAUCAUCCCGUAAGGUCAGCAAGCGUACCCGGAAACGUAUACGAAGCGAGUGGGAACCGCUAUACGAGUCGAAGAAGUACAACGAUUGGGCCAACUGGUGGAAGGACUACAAGAACGUCGGCAAUGAGAUUAACAAGCAGCUCAAGGACUGCGGUGACCUCAACUUGGAGCACUGCUUCCUACCCAAUUUACCAAAGCUCACCACCGAGCAGGUCGUAUUCGCUAUUAUCAAGUCGGCCCACUACGGACUGGGCAAGAACGCCGAUGUGCCGUUCGACACUAUGAAAACUAUCUUCACCCUGAUGAAUCGGACUUUCUUGGAGAAUCUCACCGAGGUGAACAUGCAGGAAAUCCAGGAUAUUAUUCGCGGAAUACCGAACGAGCUCUGGGUAUACAAGAUGAAGAGUAUGGUCUACUUGUGGCUGAAGUAUAAGGAAAUCGCCAACUCCACUUCCAAGACCGAAGACGCCGUCCGCGAUCAGCAGGCUACGGCUCGAGAGUGGAAGAGCCCAUGCUUCCACUGGCUGGCCAAGCAGGCCUUUGAUGAACUAUUUGCAAUUAGCGCUACCGAGUGGGAGAAACACGCCGAAAUAUUUCCGGCUGCAGACGAAGAGUAACUGAUAUUUGGAAACGAACAUGCAUCUCCAUUUACUCAAAGUUCGACCGUAUUGCAGAACACACAUCCGAUGCAUUGUAGAUCGUCUUCAGGAUUAUUAUAUGGAACAUAAUGUUACGCAACUAGAUUAAAGACCUUUAUAUCCAUUAACUGAAAAAAUACAGAUGUCUACAACAAGUAGUAUAUUUAAAUAAAGACGCGCGAAGAAUACAGAUCAGCAGAAAAAUAAUUAUGCUCCAAUAAUACGAAUAGUGUUUUAAAAUUUACGAAACAAAAAGAUCAAUUUUUGGAUGAUUGUAAGACCUUAGAUGAAUCCUACUUAUAAUUAGUUUUGUAAUUGGAAUAAUCGAAAAUAAAUAGCCUGCCAGCAAA